AUGGUGAAGGUCCCAGUCCCAGGUCCCGAUGAAGUUUUGAUCAAACUCAAUGCCACCGGUAUUUGCUAUUCAGAUAUCCACUACAUGUUAAACGACACUGGUUGUAGAAAAAUGUCAGCAUCGGGUAUAUGCUCCGCUGGCCACGAAGGGUCAGGUGUGGUUGUUAAGCUAGGUGAAAACGUGACGACAUUCCAGGUUGGGGAUCGCGCCGGCGUAAAGCCAGUUUGGAACACCUGCCGAUCCUGCAGUCUUUGCUGGGGAGGCAAAGAGGUCCAUUGCCAAAAGAAGAUCCUCACUGGGGUGGGUGCCACUGGAACCUUCCAACAUUAUAUUGUUUCCCCAGCGCGAUACACCACUGUGAUUCCAAAGGGAGUUCCGGAUCACGUUGCCGCCCCCGCGAUGUGCAGCGCGGCUACCGCAUAUCGCUCCAUCAGAGAAUCUGGACUCGCCGUUGGAUCAUGGGCCACAAUCAUCGGCGGAGGCGGUGGCGUUGGGAUUCAAGCUGUGCAGAUAGCAAAAGCUUUUGGGCUACGGCCCAUUGUUGUUGACACAGGAAGCGACAAGCGUGUUCUAUCAUUAAAGAUGGGCGUAGAGGCCUUCGUUAAUUUCAAAGAGUUCCCAGAUACUGUUGCAGAGGUUAUUCGUCUCACUGGAGGUAUAGGAUCCCACGGUGUUUUUGUUACAGCGCCCCCUGCAUAUCCAACAGCUAUCGGUUAUAUCGGUGCCAGAAUCGGGGGAGUGAUUAUGUGCAUUGGCCUACCUGCAGCCUCGUCUGGUCACAACAUGAAUGUGAACCCCACUAUGAUGAUCUUGAAGAAUCUGUCAAUCAAAGGAAUAUUGGUGGGUACAAUGGAGGAUACAGAGGCAGUGUUGCAACUUGUUCAAAGGGGCUUGGUGCAAGAAGUCUGUGAGGUCUUGCCCUUCGAAAAGUUCCCUGAAGCGGUGGAUCGACUCCGCAAAGGACAGGUUGCCGGGAAGCUUGUGAUAGACUAUGAAUCUUGA